UUGUUCCCAAAGAAAGGAUGCGCCCAGACAUCACAUUAUUUGUCUCAGUUGAUCAUGGGUGCUGCCUCUUUCUUCCUCAGAGCUGUAAUCUUUCUAAUAUCAAGUAUCCUCAUUCCUCCAACCACACCCCAUCACGACAAUAUUAGUACUAUUAGUGACGGUUUUGUGGUACAUCUGAUCCACCGUGACUCUCCUUCAUCCCCCUUUUAUGACCCCAAUUUGAGCACCAGUGAUCGGGCCAUUCUGGCAGCUAACCGCUCCAUAGCCCGUCUCAGGUACCUCAACUCACAUACGUCCCAAUCCUUGGUUGAAGAUUUGUCCCCAAAAUUGAUUCCUGAGGGAUUCAGCUAUAUAAUGAUGUACAAUGUGGGAAGCCCCCCUCAUCUGAUAUAUGCCGUUCCUGACACAGGAAGUGGACUCAUAUGGCAUCAGUGCCUUCCAUGCAGAAAGUGUUUCGAACAAACGUCACCUAUUUUCGACCCCUCCAAAUCUUCCACCUACAACACAGUACCGUCUGAUUCUCCAGCCUGUGAGGAGACCUGGGCAUUUCCCUGCGGUAGUGAUGAAAAAGAUUGUUGCUAUAUGAUAGAAUAUGGUGAUGGUGGUACUUCAACUGGAGGAACUCUUUCAAGUGAUGCAUUUGCCUUUGAAGACUCUAACCAGAAUAAGGUUGAUGUUGGCCACUUGGUGUUUGGCUGCUCCGAUUAUACAAUUGGGACUUUUAAAGGCUACGAAGCUGGUGUUGUAGGCCUUAACCGGGAUCCACACUCUUUAGUCUCACAGUUGAAAAUAAAGAAGUUCUCCUACUGCAUGGUGAUACGUGAUGAUCAAGGAUCGGGAAGCAGAAUGUAUUUCGGAUCGCUCUCAGUGCUCAUGGGUGGACAAACUCCAUUUCUACAAGGAGAGCAUAUCUAUUACUAUGUCACUCUUCUGGGAAUCAGUGUUGGAGACGAAAAGGUCCCCUUCCCAGAUGGGAUAUUUGAUAUGACCUCAGAGGGAGGAGGAUUUAUAGUUGAUUCUGGCUCAGAAUUCACGGUAUUAAGGAUGUGCUUCGAGGGGAGUUUUGAUGAACUGGAUGCUGCAGGACCCGACAUAACUUUCCAUUUUGAUGGUGCAGAUGUCAUGCUAACAAAGCAGACUACAUACAUAGAAGCACAAGAGGGGCUAUGGUGCCUUGCAAUGCUACCUUCUGAAGGGCUUGAAGAGAUGUCCCUGCUUGGAAGCUUUCAGCAAAUGAACUAUUAUGUUGGAUAUGACCUUGAUGCUGGGUUCAUUUCUUUUGCUCCUGUGGACUGUGCCGCCUCCUAAUGGAAAACUAUAUUUGUAUCAAGUGUUAACCUUAGGAUUAGGCACAUUAUUGCAUUGCAUUAAUAGCUUUAAUAAACUCGAUUGACGUGUUUCUGGAGUCUGGACCAUUAGGUGCAGAAAAUGCUGUGAAUAUGAAAUCUAUACCACAAUAGCAAUGAGGUUACUUGUAGAUGUAGACCAGAAAAUCAUGAGGGGACCCCGUAAGGGCUCCAUUGUGGUUAGAAUAUAGAUUGAGGGUCACUUGUUAGCUGCAAAAAGUUGGUGUAAGGGAGAUGAAGAUGCAUAAGUACGAAACCAAUCAUUCAUGCUUGCUGUUUCAAGUAAUGUUAGGUGUGGCCCUCAUCUAGAUAUCAAUAAAAACAAGC